AUGAAGGAUGAUGAAACCUUGUCUGUGUAUCUCACUCGUUUGCUUGAGUUGGUGAAUCAAAUGAAGGGGUAUGGAGAAGAUUUAUCAAGAGGAAGAUUGGUUCAGAAAUUGCUUAUAAGUCUGACCAAAGAGUUUGAUCCAGUGUGUUAUGUAAUUGAGCAAACUAAAGACAUUGAAACUAUUGAGGUGCAAGAAGUCAUUGCUGCACUAAGAGGUUUUGCUCAAAGGCUUGAUAGGCAUGCUGAGAGUACCACUGAAAAAGCUUUCAGUAGUAUGAGUAUGAAUCAGAAGGGAAACAAGUCAAGUUCUUCUUCUGGUGAUGCUAAGCCAAAGAAGAACUGGAAAUCGAAGGGGAAGCCAAAAUGCUAUGGUUGCAAUCGAUUUGGUCACUACAUUAAGGAAUGUGAUCAAGCAAACAAGGCUGGAAAAGUAGCAAAUCUUGCUAAUCAGAAUGUGAAAUGUAGAGUCAAAAUGGGUACUGGUGAUUUGGUACAGUCAACUGGCAAAGGCACUUUGGUCAUAGGAAUGCAGGGUGUAACCAUAUACAUUAAGGAAGUUAUGAUUGUCCCUGGCUUGGAUGAGAACCUGCAGAUGCAGGAUUUGAUUGCAAGUGUACCAAUGAAGGGAAAUAGAUGUUUUCCUUUAAGCCUAGAAUAUGUCAAACCUUCUAUGGCUAAUAAAGUAACAGUUGAGGAGUCAUCUUGGCUGUGGCAUAAAAGGUAUGGACAUCUAUACUAUACUAGUUUGAUGCUCUGCAAGACAAAGAAAUGGUGCAAGGUUUGCCUAGAUUACAAGUCACAAAGCAUGUGUGCUCUGGUUGUGCUACAGGAAAAGAUUACUACUCCUGCAGGCAACAGAUUCUUUCUCACCUUUAUAGAUUAUCACACUAGAAUGUGUUGGGUAUUCUUCUUGCAGCACAAGUCACACGUCUUCAAUAUUUUUAAAAGAUUCAAGUCCAUGGUUGAACUUCAAAAUGGCUACCAAAUCAAGGAACCCAGAAGUGACAGAGAGAGAAAGAAUCGUACAGUGGUAGAAAUGGCAAGAACAAUGAUGCAUGAGAAGAAGAUUCCAUUGAAGUUUUGGGCAGAAGCUGUGAAUACCGCAGUUUAUUUGCAUAAUCGAAGUCCAACAAGUGCUUUGGACAACACAACACCAUUUGAGAAGUUUAGUGGAAGGAAACCAGGUGUCAAACACUUGAGAAUCUUUGGCUCUCUAUGCUACACUCACAUCCCUUCACAGAAAAGGCACAAACUAGAGGAAAUUGGUGAGAAGGGAGUAUUUGCAGGUUAUGGAAUUUGUGAAAAAGGAUAUAGAUACAAGUGGAGGUUACAAUUCCUUGGAAUGAUGAAAAAAAACUCAAUGACAUCUGAGUUUGAUUCAGAAGCAAGUGACUCACCUCAGUCUGUGCAAUCUCCUCUGAGAACACGAGCUGUCAGUGACCUGCAAGUAACUAUGGAUUUAGUUCCACCUGAUUCAUCAGUUUCAACCUCUGAAACUUAUGACCAUACUCCAAGGAAAUGGAAAAGUUUGGAUGAUGUGUAUGCUCAAUGCAAGAUGAGCAUCAUUGAACCUGAAAAUUUUACUGAAGCAGUUAAGGAUGAAGCCUGGAAAAAGGCUAUGACAGAAGAAAUGGUGAUGAUAGAAAAGAAUUCCACUUGGGAAUUGGUUGAUAGACCAAGCAACAAACCAAUUGUGGGAGUGAAGUGGGUCUACAAAACCAAGCUAAACCUUGAUGGCUCCAUUCAAAAGCACAAAGCAAGGCUUGUAGCCAAAGGUUACACACAGAAACCAGGGGUUGAUUUCAAUGAAACCUUUGCACCCGUAGCAAGGUUAGACACCAUUAGAACACUCAUUGCACUAGCUGCACAGAAAGGUUGGAAGUUGUGGCAAUUGGAUGUUAAAUCAGCAUUUUUGAACGGUGUGCUUGAAGAGGAAGUAUAUGUGGAUCAACCGGAUGGUUUUGUGGUUGAAGAGGCUGAAGAUAAAGUGUAUAGAUUAAGAAAGGCUCUUUAUGGUCUAAAACAAGCACCAAGGGCCUGGUAUAGUGAGAUUGAUACAUAUCUCAUUCACUGUGGUUUUCAUAGAAGCUCAAGUGAAGCAACUCUAUAUGUGAGAAACAAAGAAGGAAUUGGUGUCUUGAUAGUAUCAAUCUAUGUAGAUGAUAUAGUCUACACAGGGAGUAGAACAAGAAUGAUGGAAGAGUUUAAAACAGAGAUGAUGUGCAAAUAUGAAAUGUCAAACUUGGGUUUACUUCACCACUGUCUUGGAAUGGGGAAAAAGUAUGCCCUUACUCUCUUGGAUAAAUUUGGGCUCAAGGAUUGCAAAUCAGUGAGCACUCCAUUGGUUGCCACUAAUAAAUUGCAAAGAGAGGAUGGAAGUGAAGCUGUAGAUGAAAGCUUGUAUAGGAAAAUUGUUGGAAGCCUGCUAUAUCUAACGGCAACCAGACCAGAUAUUAUGUUCUCAGCUAGUCUGCUUGCAAGGUUCAUGCAUAACCCUUCUAAGAAGCACUAUGGAGCAGCCAAAAGAGUUUUAAGGUACAUACAAGGAACAAUUGACUAUGGAAUUGAGUAUGUGGCUGGAAAAUCUGUACUAUUGAUUGGCUAUUGUGACAGUGACUGGAGUGGAUCUGAGGAGGAUAGAAAAAGCACCUUAGGGUAUGCCUUUUCAUUUGGAAGUGGUGCUUUCUCAUGGGCUUCGGUCAAACAACAAAGUGUAGCAUUGUCAACUGCAGAAGCAGAGUAUAUGAGUGCAGCUGAAGCAACCUCACAGGCUAUUUGGCUUAGAUUUGUGCUUGAAGACUUUGGAGAGGAACAAACCACUGCAACUACAUUGUUCUGUGACAGUACCUCAGCUAUAGCAAUGGUUAAAAAUCCGGUAUUUCAUCAAAAGAGCAAGCAUAUAGACAGGAAGUUUCAUUUCAUUAGAGAUGCAAUUCAAAAGGGUGUGAUUGAUUUGAUCUAUUGCAAAGGAGAAGAGCAAAUUGCCGACAUAUUCACCAAGGCUCUACACAGAGACAGAUUCUGCUACUUAAGAAGUCUACUUGGUGUGAAAUCAGCUAGCACUUUAGAAGGGAGUGUUGAAAUGUAA